AUGUACAAUCAGACUUUCCUCAGUAACUCCAGUAGUUCAGCUUGGGACGACAGCUGGAUGGACGUAGAAGCAGAGCCAGAGGCAGCUUUAGAGAAUAUUGUGACUCGCCCAGCACUGUGUCUCAGGAGAGCACAUUAUGCAUGUACCAGCUACAAAGGAGACAUAUGUCCAGAGGGGUUCUUUUGUCCCCUGGGUGCGUCCUAUCCUCUCCUGUGUCAGGCUGGAUUUUUCUGUAAUCAAACAGGUCUGGACGCCCCAGCAGGACCCUGUGCUCCCGGCUUCUUCUGUCCCAAAGAAACGUCCAAGGGGUCCCGUCGGGCUGAGCAGAGCAGCAGGCCAGAAUCCCCCCUGGACAGAGUGGGCAUCACGGUUCCAUCAGUAACUCCCUCUUCUGAGACUGUGCAGCUUCUGUGUCCUGGUCUCCUCCCCUCUCUCUCCUCCUCUGCAAGCCUUCCUCUGGGCCUCCUUCCUCCCGCUUCUCCUGCAGCUCUUUCGGGCGCUCCUGCUCCUCCACUGCUCUUUCGAGCGGCGGCCGAAGCGGGCCCGCAGCCGAACAUAAGAUUCGGCCAAUCGGAGCUCGGGAGGACUGCGGUUGCCGGGGUGAGAGAGGGGAAGGUCAACCCUGGUUAUUCUAAUGACAGAGAUACCUUCUUUAAUGAGCUCAUUAUCGGACCUCCCAUUCCAAUCACACCAUCAGCCUCUCUUGAAAAGGUCGUCUCUUCCAGCGGCCCGUCCUUUCAGAGUGACACGGCGAGCGAGCAGAGCGGCCCGCACGUCCGCAGCAUCACCACAGUCUGA